UUAUUAAUUUUAAAUAUUUUAUUUUAUUUCAAACAGUUAACAAUUUAGCCAAAAAAAAUUAUAUAUAAAUUAAAAGGUUAGGGUAGGGUAUGGGUGCAACCGAUUCAAUACCGGUAGUAUCUCAGGUCAAAUCGGGUGUCCAAUUGAUUGCCGGCGACACAGAGGGUGCCGCCCGGACUCAGGAAAAUUUUUUACGCAAUACUCCCGUUAUAUCGCAGGCAACAUCAGUAGUCCAAUUGAUUGCCGGCGAUCCGGACGGUGCACUGGAAACCCAGAAACGUUGCGUCCGUAAUGUAUCGAACAUUGCCGACGGCGUACCGGUAGUCGGCCACUGUAAAGGACUGGUACAUUACGCUUGCGGCGAUCAGGAGGGCGGCAAUCAGGCCAUGCGAUCGGCCACCCGAACGACUGGAGUGGCUGCCGGCGGUGUUUGCGGGUUUGUUUUGGGCGGUCCGGUCGGCGCGGUUGCCGGCGGUAUAACAGGCGGUGCCUAUACUGAUGUAUUGACAACAGCGGUUACGGAUAAGCCGAGCGGCUAUGUGGCCGCCAUUGAUAAUGCUAUAAAUAAUCCGAAUGCGGGCGAUCUGUUUGAUUUGACUCUGAUGCCCGUUUCCGAUGGUCUGACCGGUUUGGGUGCCGGCCGAUUGGUGGAUCGUAUUGGCAAAAAUGUGGCACAAAAUAAAGUAAUGGCCGAAUUUGAUAAAUUGGAAAAUGCCAAGGACAGUAUGAAAUCAGGGGAUUAUAUGAAAAAAGCCAAUGAUCUGCAACAACAAUAUAAUAAACUAAACGAAGUUAAAUAUUCAGCAGAAAAAGGUGGUUACGUUAAAAAUACAAGUAAAUCUACCGGUGCUGUGGAAACUGGUGCCGGUACCUCAUCAUCGUCGGGAAAUAAUAAUAAUUCUAAUACUACUACUACUACUACUACUACUACUACUACUGAUACAAACAAUGGCGGCACAGGUAGUGGUGGUGGUGGUGACGAUAACGACCCAUCAAAACGCCGGAAAAAACAGACAAAACACGAACAAGAUUUAGAUGAAGAAGAUUUGGAGGAAGAAUCUGAAGAAUUGGCCAAAUUGGUCGACCGAAUCGAUUUCAUAGAUUCGGACCAAUUGUCUACAAUUGCCGAUACCAUCGAAUCGAUUAGACAUGAUAUUAGGGAUAGGAUUCGGGAUGUUCGGGCUGCUGAUGGUCGGGAAUUGAGAGGUCCGGUCCGUGAGAUUGCCACUCAUGAGGUUAGUAGUGGUCAACAAAUUGUCGUUGAUUAUGUACAUGCUAAAAUCUAUCUGGGCGAUAUUGGUACCGGUUGGGAGGUUAACGAUAGAUAUCGUAAACUAAUUCAAAAAUUAGGUUUACCCGGUGACGAUGCCGGCCACAUAAUCGGUGCCCUAUUGGGCGGCCGUUUGUUUGAAAACCUGUUCCCACAGAACCCUACUAUAAAUCGUGGAUCGUUUCGUGUAAUUGAGCGCUCGAUUAGCCAGUUUUUGCACCGAUAUCCCUAUGGCUAUGUUGACUAUCAUGUUAGGCUCAUGUAUGAUAAUAGUACUACAAGUACCCGACCUACUAAGCUCCGGGUGGUCAUUGUAUUCUAUACGGCCGACGGUAAACUGGCCAACAAUUGGGAACUGGAACUGGUCGACGAUUUUUUGCUCCUAAUCGACAAUCCUAUUGUCUAUACGGUUCCCAAUCCCUUACCCGGGUCGCCAGCACCAAAAAAUAAUCAAGAUAAAAAUAAGAAAAAUAAAUAAUACCAUAUUAGUUUGGUUAUUAUUGCUUUUUAUUAAAAAUAAUAUUUUAAAUUUUAUAAUUUCAACAACAAA